GUAGUCCAGCCUUUACACCGGUUAAAUAAGCUCAUGUUAGAGACAGCCCUUCCAUGUUGUGAGCACAUUAACAGUGAAAGGAUUCCCUGCCGCUCCACACACAGCGCUGCGUUUUGCCGCCGAAUUUCCUCCACCUGGUCCACGAGCCCUGUUGUUUUGAUAUUGACUCUGCUUUGUCUCCUCCGCCACACACUGGAGCCGUCACACAUCUCCUUCAAACACUUGUGACCAACAAGCCCAGUCUGCACUUGAACUGGAUACAAAACCUGUCCGUUUUUUUUUUGCUUCAGUUUUCCAUUUGUAUUUUUUUUUAAAUGAUACAAUGUCGUCUUUGCCAGGAACGGUACCGCGGAUGAUGCGCCCGGCUCCCGGACAGAACUAUCCCCGCACCGGAUUCCCUCUGGAAGUGUCCACUCCUCUGGGCCAGGGGCGGGUCAACCAGCUCGGAGGGGUCUUCAUUAACGGACGACCGCUUCCCAACCACAUCCGACACAAGAUAGUGGAGAUGGCCCACCACGGGAUCCGGCCCUGCGUCAUCUCCCGCCAGCUGCGGGUCUCUCACGGCUGCGUCUCCAAGAUCCUGUGCCGCUACCAGGAGACCGGCUCCAUCAGGCCCGGGGCGAUAGGAGGCAGCAAGCCCAGGCAGGUCGCCACGCCGGAUGUGGAGAAGCGGAUAGAGGAGUACAAGCGGGACAACCCCGGCAUGUUCAGCUGGGAGAUCCGGGACAAGCUGCUGAAGGACGGGGUGUGUGACAGAAGCACAGUUCCUUCAGGUGAGGCCUCCUCUGUGAGUUCGAUCAGCCGUGUACUUCGAGCUCGAUUUGGAAAAAAGGAUGAUGAGGACGAGUGUGACAAAAAGGAUGAAGACGGAGAAAAGAAAAGCAAACACAGCAUCGACGGCAUCCUGGGCGACAAAGGCAGUCGGAUGGAUGAAGUGUCAGACGUGGAAUCGGAGCCUGACCUCCCCCUGAAGAGGAAGCAGCGCAGGAGUCGCACCACGUUCACUGCAGAGCAGCUGGAGGAGCUGGAAAAGGCUUUUGAAAGAACCCACUACCCCGACAUCUACACCAGGGAAGAACUGGCCCAGAGGACCAAACUCACAGAGGCCAGGGUCCAGGUUUGGUUCAGCAAUCGAAGGGCUAGGUGGAGAAAACAAGCCGGAGCUAAUCAGCUAGCAGCUUUCAACCACCUGUUGCCGGGUGGAUUUCCUCCCACUGGAAUGCCAACACUUCCAACAUACCAGCUGCCAGAGUCCAGCUACUCAACCAACAAUCUCUCCCAAGACGGUGGCGGCACAGUUCACCGUCCCCAGCCGUUACCUCCAUCUACAAUGCACCAGAGCGGUUUGUCUAGCACUGACAGCAGCUCUGCCUAUGGUCUGGCCUCCAACCGCCAUGGCUUCUCCAGCUAUCCUGACUCCUUUAUGAGCUCUGCAGCACCCAGCAACCACGUAAACCCUGUCAGCAACGGACUUUCCCCACAGGUGAUGAGCAUCCUGAGUAACCCCAACGGUGUUUCCUCGCAGCCACAACACGACUUCUCCAUCUCACCGCUCCACAGUGCCUUGGACUCCUCUUCAUCCAAUGCCAUCUCAGCCAGCUGCAGCCAGCGUUCAGCUGAGGCCUCCAUUAAGAUGGUGGACAGCCUUCCAUCAUCUCAGUCCUACUGCCCCCCCACAUACAGCACCACGAGCUACAGCAUGGACCCAGCUGUGGCUGCUGCCGGCUACCAGUACAGUCAGUAUGGCCAGACAGCUGUGGAUUACCUGGCUAAGAACGUGAGCUUGUCCAGUCAGCGCAGGAUGAAGCUGGCCGACCACUCAGCUGUGCUGGGACUGCUGCAGGUCGAGACUGGCCAGGCCUACUAGCACUCACCAGACAUGCAACAUGACACCUGGUCACCAGCACAACCCACACCUCCUGCUACCAUCCAUACAAAUCUCCCAGAAACUUUGGUGUGUGCCUGCGUGCAUGCGUGUGUGUUGGGCUGAUUUUAUACUUUAUUUGAUGUAACUGUAUAUCCAGGGUUUAAGGAUUAAAUGAUGCAGCUGUCCAAGCUUUAAACAUUCCCAAUGGGACCGACCAAAGCCACUGUUAAGAAUAUUGUUUGAUAUUUGUUGUUCAUAUUGCACUACAGCAAUAACUAGUGAUUUAAAAAAUUACUAUGUUAAUCCUGAGCCAAUCAGUUUAGACUGGAUGACCUGCUAUUUAAAGCAACUAUGUGUGACAAUUUAAUGUUUCUGAAAGUGUUUAAUUUUCCAUCUGAUAAUCAUGAAUGACUUGUAAGAGCAAACAACACUAACAGUGAAAAGGUGAGUUC